AACGGAAUCUGCAGCAUUCUGCAUUCUCCCAUGUCCCUGUUGUUCUACUUGCAUCUGUUGCAAUGUUUAUGUUGCACUGCAACUAAUAAAAUUACUCUAGACAGACCUUUGUCACAAGAACAACUCCUUACCUCCCCAAACCAAAUUUUUGAGUUAGGCUUCUUUCAGCCUAAUAAUUCUUCUGCCAAUCAAUAUGUAGGAAUAUGGUACAGAAAUAUUACUCCCCGGACUGUUGUUUGGGUGGCCAACAGAGAGAAGCCAGUUACAGACUCCUUGGCAAGUCUGACGAUUGGAAGUGAUGGAAAUUUGAAGCUUGUGGACGGAGUCCAAGACACUCUAUGGUCAAGCAAUGUUUCUGUUCCGUCAAAUGGUUUAGUAGCAGUGCUUUCAGAUGAUGGAAACUUCGCCCUGAAGGAUAAUAUAUCUGGAGAUAAUCUAUGGCAGAGCUUCGAGCAUCCUUCUGAUACUUUCUUACUCGGGUCAAGUAUUGGGUUUAACACUAAAACUGGAGAGAGACGCGUCAUGACUUCCUGGAAAAGUGACACUGAUCCCUCACCCGGAAGUUUUGUUGUUGGACUGGCGCAGCGGUCACCACCGCAAGCUUUCAUUUGGAAAGGGUCGGUGCCUUAUUGGAGAAGUGGAGAAUGGGAUAAAACCAAGUUUAUUGGUAUACAACAACAGGAUUCAUCAUAUUCAAGUAUGUUCGACCUCAUAGAAGAUAUUGAACAAGGAACAGUAUAUUUGAUUUCCAAUCCUCACAACCAGUCGGAUUUCGAAAAAAUGAUUGUUUCAUGGAUGGGACCUCUAAAGUUGACUUUUUGGGAAGACCAGCGCUGGAAUGUUGAAUGGGAAGCACCAAAGAAUCCAUGUGAUGUCUAUGGAACCUGUGGACCAUUUGGAGUUUGUAAGGCAUCUGAAUCUCCCAUUUGUAGGUGCUUAAAAGGAUUUGUACCGAAGUUAGAUGAGGAAUGGAGAAAAGGAAACUGGACAGGAGGUUGCGUGAGACGAACUGAAUUACUUUGCGAGGGAAACACAAGCAACGAGGCAACAGACGAGGGAAAAGCAGAUAAGUUUUGGAUAAUGAACAGGAUGAAACUUCCUGAUUUUUCGGAGUAUAAGAACCUUGAUUACCCCGUCCCAUGCCAACAAUGGUGCUUGGAUAACUGUUCCUGCAAGGGCUAUGCCACUGUAGAAGGAAUUGGGUGUCUGGUUUGGACUGGAAACCUUACAGAUAUGCAGGAAUUCUCCUUUGGUGGGGAAGCAUUUUUCUUACGCCUUGCACCUUCAGAAUUUGAUACAUUGGAACUACCUAUAUUUGACCUGAAUAGCAUAUUAAUUGCCACAGAUAACUUCAGCCUAGACAACAAACUUGGGCAAGGAGGAUUUGGCCCAGUUUAUAAGGGUUAUCUGCCUGAUGGGAAGUAUGUAGCGGUUAAGAGACUUUCUAGUACCUCAGGCCAAGGCAAAGAAGAGUUCAAGAAUGAAGUAAUGUUGAUCUCCAAACUCCAGCACAGAAAUCUUGUCAGGCUCUUCGGUUAUUGCAGUGAGAAAGAAGAAAGAAUACUCAUUUAUGAGUACAUGGCCAACAAAAGCUUGGAUAAGUUUCUAUUUGAUACAACAAAGAGAGCAGAACUUUGUUGGGCAAUGCGUUUCAACAUUAUUCAAGGUGUUGCUCGGGGGCUUCUUUACCUUCAUCGUGAUUCUUGUUUGAGGGUUAUACACCGAGACUUGAAAGUUUCCAACAUCCUCUUGGAUGACAAAAUGAACCCAAAAAUUUCAGAUUUUGGGUUGGCUCGGAUAUUUGAAGGGACACAAUAUUUAGCAAAUACACAUAGAGUGGUCGGAACACUGGGCUACAUGUCUCCUGAGUAUGCAUUGACUGGGAUAUUUUCCGAGAAGUCAGAUGUUUUUAGUUUUGGGGUUCUCUUAUUAGAGAUUGUCAGCGGCAGAAAGAUCAGUACCUCCUACUUUAAAGAUCAACAUCUAAGCCUUCUUAGCUAUGCAUGGCAACUGUGGCAUGAAAGUAAGGAAUUGGAGUUGUUGGAUGAAGCCUUGGCGGACUCAUUUUCAUCGUCACAAGUAAAGAGGUGCAUUCAUGUAGGUCUUCUUUGUAUUCAGGAUUAUGCUGAACAUAGGCCACCCAUGUCAACAGUAGUUUCCAUGCUAAGCAGUGAAACAGAGCUUCCACAGCCAAAACAACCUAUAUUAUUCCAAAGUGCACUGAAGUCUGAUCGAUCUGAAUCUAACUGCAUCUGUUCAGUAGCAGUGCUUUCAGAUAAUGGAAACUUUGAACUUAUAGAUGGUAUAUCAGGAGCGUAUUUAUGGCAGAGCUUUGAGCAUCCUUCUGAUUCUUUCUUGCUUGGGGCAUGUAUAGCGUAUAACGUCAAAACUGGAGAGAGACGUUCCUUGACAUCCUGGAAAAGUGACAGUGAUCCAUCUCCUGGAAAUUUUAUUGUUGGACUUCUACCUGGGUCAACAAUACAAGCUUUCGUUUGGAAAGACACGUUACCCUAUUGGAGAAGUGGGCAAUGGGAUAAAACGAAGUUUAUUGGUAUACCAGAAAUGGAUUCAUCAUCUUCAAGUAUAUUUGACCUCAGAGAAGAUCUUCAACAAGGAACUGUGUAUUUAUAUACUAAUACAUACAACCAGUCUGUUGCUUUAAACAUGGCUAUUUCUUCAGUGGGAACUCUACAGUUGGUGCACUGGGAAAGAGGCCAGGGCUGGAUUGUUGAUUGGGAAGCACCGAAAAAUCCGUGCGAUGUCUAUGGAGUCUGCGGAUCAUUUGGGGUUUGCAGCCCGUCUGAAUCUCCCAUUUGCAGUUGCUUAAGAGGAUUUACACCAAAGUCAGAUGAAGAAUGGAGCAAAGGAAACUGGACAGGGGGUUGCAUGAGACGAACCAAUUUAUCUUGCGAGGCAAACACAAGUUCCAAACCCACAAACACCGGAAAAACAGAUAGAUUUUGGACGAUGGAUAGGAUGAAACUUCCAGAUCUUUCCGAGUAUUUGGAAGUCGACAACGACCUAUGCCAAGAAUGGUGCUUGAAUAACUGUUCCUGCACAGGUUAUGCAAUUGUAUAUGGAAUUGGGUGUCUGGUCUGGACUGGAGACAUUAUAGACAUGCAAAAGUUCACCUUCGGUGGGCAAGAAUUCUUCUUACGGCUUGCGCAUUCGGAAUUUGCUGAUGAGAGACUAAGAGAGAAGCUCAUUAUCAGCCUCACAGCCAUUUCUUGCAUCAUCAUCUUGGGCAUCUUAGUAUAUGGCAUACGCCGUAAAAGAUUUAUCAAAAUAGGGAAUGAAACCUCAAGCGAAAUCUUAACCGGAAAUACAUUGAGAAGCCAUUUAGAACUAGAAGAUCCAUCAGAAUUACCUAUGUUUGACCUGAAUAGCAUAUUAGUCGCCACUGAUAACUUCAGCAUAGCAAAUAAACUGGGGCAAGGAGGAUUUGGCCCAGUUUAUAAGGGCAAGCUGCAUGAUGGGAAGUAUGUGGCAGUCAAGAGACUCUCUAGUAGCUCAGGCCAGGGCAUCGAAGAGUUCAAGAAUGAAGUUAUGUUGAUCUCCAAACUCCAACACAGAAAUCUGGUCAGGCUAUUCGGUUACUGCAUUGAGAAAGAAGAAAGGAUGCUCAUUUAUGAGUUUAUGGCCAACAAAAGCUUGGAUACGUUUUUAUUUGAUCCAACAAAGAGAGCAGACCUUCAUUGGCCAAAGCGUUUCAACAUCAUUCAAGGUGUUGCUCGGGGGCUCCUUUACCUCCACCGUGAUUCUUGUUUAAGGGUUAUACACCGGGACUUGAAGGUCAGCAACAUCCUGUUGGAUGACAAAAUGAACCCAAAAAUUUCAGAUUUUGGAUUGGCACGGAUAUUUCAAGGAACACAAUUGUUAGCUAAUACCCAUAGAGUCGUUGGAACUCUUGGCUAUAUGUCUCCUGAGUAUGCAUUGAGUGGGAUAUUUUCUGAGAAAUUGGAUGUUUUUAGCUUCGGAGUUCUCCUGUUAGAGAUUGUCAAUGGCAGGAAGAUUACAGCCUCCUACUGUCAUGACAGGCACAUAAGCCUUAUUGGCUAUGUAAGUGCAAAACUUUUCAAUGCCUGGUGCUUUUAUGUUUAUUUGGCAUUCGAAGUAUAUAUAGACAACGCUGCUUCGGACUCCUUUUCAUCAUCAGAAGUAACGAGGUGCAUUCAUAUUGCUCUACUUUGCGUUCAGGAUCAUGCUGAAAAUAGGCCGAACAUGUCAGCAGUUGUUUCCAUGUUAAGCAGCGAAGCCGAGCUUCCACGGCCAAAACAACCUACAUUUACAUUUCAGACUGGAUUCUACUCUGAAAAAUCCGACUCCAACCAUUUUUUGUCCGCGUGUGAGCUUACAGAGUCCGUGCUCGAAGGGCGAUAACCACUCUGGAGCAAGCAUUAGCAUCGUCGUAGUUUCUUUGUGGGCUAAAAUACUCAACCCAAAGCCCCACCCCUCUUGUUCAGUUCCAAUUGCUUGUAAAUCAUUUGAAUCUGCUAAAAAGUUUGUACUCUUU